AGGUGGAGCCUCGGCUGAGACGGCCUGGGAGGUUGCUCACAGUUAAGGGGGUUUUCUACACAAGAGCCCUGGGAGAGGAAAUGGAGCCCCAGCACCCGAGACAAAGGGCAGGGAUGGGACUAGCCAGCAAAGGAGGCUGCAGCCAGAGGCCCCGGAUCAGACACCCAGUGGAGUGGUUAGAUCGCCAAACCUUCUCCUUCCACUUUUGCAACCUGAGAUUUGCCAGUGGGCGGAACUACACCUACCUCUGCUACCAGGUGGAAAGACUGAAGCACUGCUCACCUGACUCCUCCGACUGGGGUGUCUUUCAAAACUGGGUCUAUUCCUGCCAUGCGGAACUCUGCUUCCUCUCUUGGUUUCGCGCUAAGAAGCUGUCCUCUUACGAGCAGUACCACAUCACCUGGUUCUUAUCCUGGAGCCCCUGCUUGUCAUGUGCAGAGCAGGUGGUUGCGUUCCUGAAGGAGAACAGGAACGUGAGGCUGAGCAUCUUCGCCGCCCGCCUCUACUACUUCUGGAAACCAGAUUACCAGCACGGGCUGCGCAUGCUGCGCCACCAGAGGGCCUGGGUGCGCAUCAUGUCCUUCCGAGACUUUAAAUACUGUUGGAAAAACUUUGUGUACAAUCAGGGAAUGCCCUUCAAGCCUUGGAAGAAACUGCGUAAAAAUUAUCAGUUCCUGGUGGCAAAGCUUCAUGAAAUUCUCGGAAACACAAUGAAUCUGCUAAAAACAAAUAUAUUCAGACAACAGUUUGGCAACCAGCCCCGGGUCCCACAGCCCUGCUACCGGAGGAAGACCUAUUUGUGCUACCAGCUGAAGCAGCUCGAUGGCUUCACGCUUGACAAAGGCUGCUUCCAAAACAAGAAACAGCGACAUGCAGAAACUCGCUUUAUUGACAAGAUCACCUCGCUGAAUCUCGACCCAAACCAGCGCUACAGAAUUAUCUGCUAUGUCACGUGGAGUCCCUGCCCUGCCUGUGCCGGGGAACUGGUUGAUUUCAUCAACGGUCAGGACAACCUGAGCCUGCAGAUCUUUGCCUCCCGCCUGUACUUCCACUGGGUCAGGGUGUUUCAGAGGGGGCUGCAGCAGCUACAGGCAGCCCAGGUCUCAGUGGCUGUCAUGACCCGCUCAGAGUUUGAAGACUGCUGGGAAGAGUUUGUGGAUAACCAGGGGAUGCCCUUCGAGUCCUGGGAUAAGCUGGAACAAUACAGUGAAAGCAUAAGCCGUCGGCUCCAGAGGAUCCUGUCGCACUGGAGUCCUUCAAGAAGAGGAGAGACACAGACUCGCAUGGCGAAGUUCGUGUGGGGUGAGAGAUAGAGGCUGCAGUGAUGAUCUACAAACGAAGGAACACCAAGGAGUGCCGGCAACGCCAGGAGAGAAAGGCCCCAACUGGAGAAGACACAGGAAAGAUUCUUCCCUAGCGCCUUCAGAGAAAGUACGGCCUGCCCACACCUUGAUUCCAGACUUCUGUCCUCUAGAACUGUGAGAGGAUACAUUUCUGUCGCUUAAAGCCACCCCUUUGGUGACACUUUGUUAUGGCAGCCUAGGAAACCAUUACGAUGUACAUAUAUAUAAACAGUGGUCCAAUAAAUCAGUGAUAACUA